AUGCAUUUGUCAAUGGAUACCUUGGGAAUGGUGGAUGACGGCUGCAUGUCACCAGACAACUACCAUGACAUGGUGAAGGGAGGGGGGUCUAGCGUAGGAGGUCGAGUCCACAGCAUUGAUGUGAUCCUGGGCUUCAGGAAAGACCAGGAACCCCUGCUCACCCCCGUGGAGGGCGUGGGGGCCCAUAAAGUGGACACAGAGGGUCUGGAGUACCAGGGGAAGCAGAUCCAGUCAGACCCCUACGGACACCUUGCCAGCCUGGGGGACAUCACACAGCACUCUGCCUUCCAUGAUCAGUGCGAUGAGUCAGGCCUUUUCUGCAGUGAUAAGUGUGAUGGGGACCUGGGCGAUCUCCAGAAGAGGAUGGACAGCGAUGGGGGGAAGUCCCCGGAACCCCCAGAGGAGGACCACCCCAAGAAGAAGCACCGGCGUAACCGCACCACCUUCACAACCUACCAGCUCCACGAGCUGGAGAUAGCCUUUGAGAAGUCCCACUACCCUGAUGUCUACAGCCGGGAGGAGCUGGCCAUUAAGGUCAACCUCCCUGAGGUCCGCGUCCAGGUUUGGUUCCAGAAUCGUCGGGCUAAGUGGCGACACCAGGAGAAGAUGGACUCUAGCUCCAUGAAGCUCCAUGACUCCCCCAUGCUGUCCUUCAACCGGCCGCCCAUGCCCUCCAACGACGGGCCCAUGUCUAACCCCUGGCUGACCUCUCCCAUGACUAGUGCCACCCCCAUGAACACUAUCCCCGGCUACAUGGGCCCAGGGCAGAGCCCUUACCUCCAGUCUGCUUACCCUAGCCACUCCCACAGCCAACGCUUCCUCAACAGCCCUCCAGUACAUGGCAAGGUGCACCAGGGGAUGGUGCAGGGCAUGCAGGUAAUGGCCCCGUCUCCCUGUCAGUGUCCUCCCACCUUCAACGAUAAGUACCCAAUGCAUGAGCAUGUGGAACGUAGCUCCGACAUCGCAGUGCUGAGGAUGAAGGCUAAGGAGCACAUUCAGUCUAUGGAUAAAACCUGGCAGCACAUGUGA